AUGGAAGAGCUCAGAAUUAAGUAUAUUCUUCUACGUGAUCAUGUCGGACACGCAGUUGAAAAAGACAUGUUGUCCCUCGGCCUUACGACAAGGUCUUCACCAAUGCAAGUUUUGCGAGGCGAAUUAUUAGAAGGUGUUCCUGAGGCUGAACAGCCUACAGACUUAACUAAAGUUGCUGUUUGGGAACCAUUGAAAUCUUCAAAAAUUACAAAAAAAGAUGAGCAUAUUCAGGCCAAACUUAAAUCAAGUCUUAAGGAUUCAAUACUGUCAUUUUGGAAGGGAAAACAAGUGCAAAGGUCAUUUCAAGGAAUUGAUGGAGUGCUUAUGACUGAUGAGAGAGUUGUGACAUUUAUUAUGGAUUUUCCAGCCAGAGGAACUGUGCGACAUAUUGGAGAGGAGGUUGAUUCAAUUGGAAAUGUUUACAUAAUUGUAGGACUAGAACUGGAUGAAAGAGUGGGAUCUGGUUGUGGUAAAAGAUCCGGCUCUCAAAAGUUUGUUUGCAAGAGAGAUUAUGCAGCAUUUGUACCAUUGAAAACUGUCAUACCAGAGAAGGACUUUGAUGGUAAUCCUGGAAAAGCUGCAAGACAAGAAGCUCAGGGAAACCGGGAGCAAAUUCAGGGAAAUGAUCACAGGCUGGUGAGAGAUCUGAAGGAGCAGGUGACACAUUUGCAAGCAGAAGUACGAGAGAAAGAGUUGAGAGAUACCAAAACUUUAAGGAAACAAUUAGCUGAGACGGAGCAACAGCUGACAAACCUGCGUGGAAAAAUACAAGAGAGAAAUGAACAACUGAGAGGUAACCAGACGGAGCUACAGGAAAUGAGAGCUCGUUUAUCGAACUUACAGGAACAGUUCAGGGAAAAAGAUGACCGGUUGCAAGAGAAGGAGGGGAUAAAUCUACACCUGCAAACUCUCUUGAAUACAAAAAAUAAACAACUGGAAGAGAAAAUUAGACAAGAAGAGAAUUUAUACCAAAAACUGCGAGUAGUAGAAGAGCAGAUUUCACAAUCUCAAGCACAACUAAGGGAGAAAGAGUUGGAAAAGGCCAACUUGUUAAAGAAAAGAGAUCGCCAUAACGGAAACCAGCGUGCGAUCGUCAGCAGGUGA